AUUCCUGAGACAAGACCAAGAAGGAGCAGAGCUUGGAUGAGCAGAGCAAACGUUUCUGCACAGAAUGCGGCCAUUAUAAUUCUUUUUCUUCUUCUUCUUCUUUUAUGUGAGGUUUUCAUUUUCUAAUAUUUUUCUGGUCUUACGAGAUUUGAAUUCCUUUGGCUGAAGUAACAAUUAAGUGCUAAACUUUUUUUUGUUUUCUUUUUCUUUUUUCAAAGUUUAAGUCAUUGGUAAGAGGCUGAUAGACGGUACAAUGGAUCUCGUUGUACUGGUGGCAUUUAGCUCCUGGCUGGCUCCUGCACUUGGAUCAGCGUUUGGCAGGGAGAUGUUUGCUUCAUCAGCAGAUGAUGACAAAGACUUUGACAGUCCUUUUCAAUAUGAUUAUGAGUCUCUGAGAAUCGGUGGACUGGUUUUUGCUGUGGUGCUGUUCUUUCUGGGCAUCGCCCUCAUCGUCAGUCGAAAGUGUACCUGUUCAAAGAGUGACAAGUCAAGAUCCAGGGGUCUUGGUGUGGAACCAGGAGUCCAGAGGGUUUAACAGACACUAAAGAAAAACUGUCUGAUUGUUGCCUUUAGGUGGCAGCAAACACCAUGAUCACAGCAGAAGACAAUCAUUUCACAAGCACAACAUGAAGCUUUCUUGAAUUUCAUAAUGUUCCUCUUCUUCUGUUUUCCUAUUUUAAUGUUUUUAUCAUCAGUAACUUUCACCAGUUAAUGUUUCACCUUUAUAAAGUAGCUAUAGUCUGAUCAUUUAUCAUUUAUUUUUUUGUGACUUUCAAAUUUAUGCAAAAUAAUAAAGCAAAUCUUUUAGAAAAAAUAUCUAUCU